GUUCGCCGCCGCCCCUCCCCCUGCCCAAUGUCGAGGUCGCUUGGGAAGGCGGAGAAGGCCGCGAAGCCGGCGGCGAUGGAGCAGUACGUCACCCUUGUGGUGAAUGACCAGGAAGGGCGCAGGCUCACCCGCACCAUGCGAAGGACCGACAAGCUGCAGGCCAUGAUGGACUUCUACCACGACCUGGUGCCGGCCGUCGAGCGCGGCGACGACGACGGAGUGUUCAUGCGCUGCGGGAAGCGGAUCCUGGGCUGUCAGACGCCGGAGGACUGCGGGAUGAAGGACGGGGACGCGAUCCGGUUCUUUCCGGACAUGCUCGUCACCCUCGUGCUGCAGGACUUCAGAGGCCGCAGCUUCACCCGCACCAUGCGGAAAACCGACGGGAUGAAGGUCCUGAUGGAUUUCUACGCCGCCAUGGUGCCCGCCGCUGGCGACGACGGCGAUGGGGGCGGCGUCUUCUUGUACCGCGGCGAGCCCGUCGCGGCCGAGCAGACGCCGGCAGGCCUCAAGAUGGCGGACUGGGACAGGGUCUAUUUGGUUCCCCGGCGUCGGGGCGAGGUGAAGGAGGACAAGUCCGUCGACUACAUGACGCUCAGGGUGCGGGACGACAGAGAGCGCAUGAUCUACUGCACGGUGCGGAGGAGCGAGAAGCUCAAGCCACUGAUGGACUUGUACCACGCCACCGUGCUGGGCGACGGGGCGUCCAUACUCGGAGGGGCGUUUCUAUUCGAUGGCCAGCGGCUGCACGGGAGACAUACACCGGCACAACUCGAUAUGGAGGUUGGCGACGUGGUGGAUUAUCUCCCCGAGCAGAUAUAGAUUGUCCGACGUUCACGAUGUCGAAAUGCGGAGAACUUGGAUUUGUAAUGAAAAUCUUACUUGAUCAAAGUUGAACAAUUCCCCAUUUGCCAUCUAUUGUCGUUCCACGGUUGUUCUGAUUUUACUAAACAGCGUUAAUGAGAAUUUGAACUGCAGAAACGGCUUAUAUUAUUGU